AUGCUGAGAGAACAGGGGGAAAAUCGGGGAGAGCAGCACCAGGCGGCGGCGGUGGCAGUGCAGUACUUCAGCUUCGACGAGAAAUAUGCCAGCAGCGAGCGGUGGCAAGCGGCCAGCGACGUCGUUGUUUUUGAUCUGAGGCGGCACGACAGUCCGGCUCGAGCCUCAAGCUGCAGUGCAGCUCGCAGGACCACCGCAAGGACAUCGCUUGACGGCUUCCACCCGGCUCGUCCGCUGCUGGUGUGGCCGCUAUGCGGCAACGAGAUCCUAUUUGUGCACUACACCCACAAGACCUACUUCUUGCGCAUCCUCGGCUCCAAUGCCCGGUCAAUUCCCGACACUGACGGCGACACGACUGCCAGAUUGGGCCUGCGCAUGCAGCUGUCGACGUACCGCCUCGCCAUCGACCUUGACAUGUUCCUCUCGCCCGGUGUCCGCCUCUGCCUCUCGCAGCUGCCAAGAACCCUGUCCUGGACGCUGUAG